AAACGAUCAUGUCGAAGUGCUCGGAUUUAUCAUGUAGCAACGAUUGCACUCCUGAGUCGCUGAGAAUACAGUGCGACACAUUGUAAUAAAAUAUGGAGGACAUUACGGAUUCUUUCCAUUUGCUGUUUGUCCAUUCUGAAUAAUCAAAUGACAAGGCAUCUGCAAACUUUGACUCGCAUUUAAUGAGACAGUUGCAGAUGCCCACACACAUGGGACCUGGACUUGAAGCUCCUCUCAACUAAGCCAAUUGUGAACGGCAACAGGCCGAAAUUUAUGCGAAAACUUGUGCAAUGUAAUAAGCACAACAAGAACAAACAAAACUAAGAGAGAGAAACGAAAACAAAAGUAAAGUAAAGUAAACAACAUUGCCAACAAAAGCCAUAAACAAAAGGCACAAAAACUAAAUCCGACGAACUAUCAAAAAGAAACAAAAACGGAGGAGAGAGAAAAUCACUUAAAUCGGCAUCGGAAAAACAGCUUACAAAGAGAAAUCAGAGAAAACUUUAAAUUGGAAGUCGAGCUUAAUCCAAGCAAGCCACGCCCAUAACGCAAAAGGAAGGGCGACAGCGACAUAUCAUUAGAGGAGCGUAUGGGAUUAUUAUGCCAUAAAUAUGAAACACAUAAACGAUAUAUCCAUUAUUGUGCUCAUUUGCUGUUUGCUACAAGGUUUCGCUUUGGGGCUGCGCAUGAUCAAGGUCUCCAUACCCGCGUAUAAGAUGCGCGGUGAAUCAGCCUUCCUCGAGUGCCAAUACGAACUGAAUCGCACCCACGGACCACACAUGACCAACGAGGGGCAUCGUGAGCGCGAACACGAUCGGAACAGAGACAGAGAAAGAGACAGGGAAAGGGAAUACGGUCGAGAUCGAUAUCCGCAUAAUGGCGAUGCUCAUUACGUGGACAUGGACACGGAUGUCGACCAUCGGCAGUCGACGUAUCGUCGCAUGCAGCAUCAGAGUCAGAGUCAGAACCAGAACAGCCAGCGACAGCAUCUGCAGCGCCGUCAGCAGCAUCAGCCGCAGGCGAUGAGACAGUAUCAGAGCCAGACAGACGGAGGUCACAGUCCGCCUCUGCCGCAGCAGUCGCCGUACGGCCACAGCGUCUAUCGGGGCAGUGCGGCAUCCGGAUAUUUGGGCGGCCGUGUCGGCGCCAGCAUACACAAUGGCGGAGGUCAGCACUCGACGGGCGGUGGCGGUGGAAGUGUCGCCUCUAGCGGUUCGGUGGCGUAUGUGCCAGAGUUUGAGCGCGAGGAUAGAUACGAGGCGAGCGAGGAGGAGGAGGAUGAGGAGGAACAGCCGCAGGAGGAGGGCGAGGCGCUGUAUGCCAUCAAAUGGUACAAGGACAACGAGGAGUUCUAUCGCUAUGUGCCAAAGACCCGCCCGCCCAAGACCAGCUAUCGCGUGGAUGGCGUGCGCGUGAUUGAGGAACUAUCCGACGCCAGUCGCGUGCUGCUUCGUGGCCUCACCCUCAACUCGACGGGUCUCUAUCGCUGUGAAAUCUCCGCCGAGGCGCCAAAUUUCUCAUCUGUACAGGGCGAGGGUCGCAUGGAUAUUGUAUUUUUGCCACGUGACGGACCUCAUAUAAGGGGACAACAGUAUCAGUAUCAAAUCGGAGAAUAUCUCAGCUUAAACUGCACAUCGGGGAAAUCACAUCCCGCCUCGCAUCUGCAAUGGUUCGUCAAUGAGCAACCGAUACUGGAUGAGCACUUCCUGCACAAAUACAACGACAUCGUGCACAAACACGGACUAAUCACCUCGACGCUGGGUCUGCAGCUGGAGCUGGAGCCGCGCCACUUUCACGAUGGCGACAUGCGCGUCAAGUGCCUGGCCAGCAUAUCGCCGGUGCUGUGGAAGGGCGGCAAGGAGAGCGUUCUACAGCGACGCCCCGGCAUCAUUGACAAUCGCGAGACCAUGCUCCUGGUGCGAAGUGCAGCGGGACAAGCGGAGAGCAAUCUAUUGCGAUUGCUGACCAUUACCAUCAUCCUGGCGCGCAUCGGACAGUGGCUGCUCAGUCCGGAACUCACCUAAGGACGCAUUCCAAAGUUCUUAAAAUGAUUUUCAAUUCAAUUCAAUUGCAAUUGCAGAGCAUAAAUGGUGAUUUUGUAUACUUUAAGUGUAAUAUCUUUAGUUUCUAAGCGAUAACCGAUAGACCGAUAGCUGAUAAUCGAUAAUGGAUUAACUGAAGGAGAGAUUCCCACGGCAAUCAACAAAGUGUAGGAAACGAUUCCGAAAUGAUGCAAAAAUGGAAAAAUGGAAAGCGAAAAGCCAGAAUAGAAAAUGUGGUAAAUCUAGUGCAAAUAAUGUGUCGACUCCCUCACACACACACACACAUACAUACCAAAAAACAUUCAUAUCUAACAUUAACUGUUAAAUUCUAGAGAAGAAGAAGAGGAGAGAGCAGCUCUAUACUAAAUACUAUAUAUAGUAUUUACGACUAUUUAAAUGUUUGCUUCAUGUGCGACUGUGUGAGUGUGUUAGUGUGUGUGUGUGUGGCGAAACGAAACGAAAAACGAAAUCCAAUUAGCAACAAUCUAACAUGUUGCGUGACAAAAACAACAUCAUAUCCCAACCCGAUUCCUACCUCUCAACCCUUUUCUCUCACUCUCUCUCUAUCAUUUCCCUCCAGUUGCAAACAAACAACACAGUUUAAGGAUAGUUGAGCGUAGUUUCUGUGUAAAUAAUUCAAUGAAACCAAAGCAUAGUGCAAAUUUGAAACCUCAAAUGUACCACACACACACACACACACCCACACAUAGACAACAUGUCAUUUGAGUCAAUUUCAAUUUGAAUAUUUAUAUAAAUAAGUUGAGGCAAUAAGAGUUUUUAUCACUAUCAUUCAAUUAAUUUUCUUUUUAUGGGUUUUUUAUUCAAUAUUAAAACUGAAUUACCGCAAGAAUAAAUAUAAUGUGAUGUUGAUUAUUAGAUUAGAUUUCGUCGUUUGAUUUUCUGUAUUAAGUUUUGGGUCUAGAAUUAAGAGUACACACGCGAUUUAAUAUACGAAUAUGUUAUGGAGUAAAUCAUUGUAAAUUAGAUUGUAAGUGAAUUUUGAUUUCUAGUUGAUUCAUUCGGUAAACAGAAACAACAUCAAUUGAAUUGUUUGUAGUGCUUAAGCUAAGCUAAAGUAUUAAGUAUAAUAAUAUUAACGAUCUGACGUCACGCACACACACACAUUUACACCGACAUAUACAUAUACAAACAUACACACUCUGACUCCCUCUCUCUUCCUCUAU